CCUAUCUCAGGCAUUAACAUGCAAAAAAAACAACAUAAGUCACGGAAAACCAAAUCAUGUCAAAAUAAGGAAUCCACAAACAGUUUUAGGAAUUAACUCUGGGUGAUGCAUCCGGCCCGUGCAGGCGUGCAACCCUGGCGAUGGGCAGAGGUUUGGAGAAAGUAAGGGAUUACAAUGGAAAAGUUGUGUUUGUGAACAGGUUGGGAAAGUUUUGGCCCCAAAAAAGCAGCUUUUCCUGCCUGCACGGAUGCGGUUUCGGGGAAUCGACAACAUAGAAAGACAUGAACAAUGGCAGGAAGAGAGAGGAAGAAUGCGGCUGUGUAUCGCAACGUCUCUUUCAAAAAGUUGGGGUCCCGGAGCGCCAACAGCAGUGAGGACCAGCAACUCAAAUCAGAGGAUUUGGAGGCAGCUGGCGUCGCCCUUCCCCCGGAGCCCAGCAAAGCAGAACAGCCCUUGGCGACGCGUAAUGUCAGUGUGUCAAGAAAAGUUUCCAAAAUCUCUGCCACCACCGCCGGCCUCCCAACCGCAGAACCAAAGAGAGGCUCCUCCACUCCUCUCUCCUCUAUUUCUCCAUCCAUUCGCCAGCUCACUGAGAAGUUCAGCAGCAGCAGCAGCAGCAGCACAAGCGUCGGCGGCACCGCCAGGACGCGCAGAGCUUCACCGGGAGACGGUGCAGCAGUGACGCGGGGGGGCAGCACUCUUCCCCGGGCCAGAGGCUCCAGAAGAGACGGGUCUCCCUCUCGUAAAUCUUUUCACGAGGAUAGCGGUGGUGGAUAUUUCCACGAUAGCGACACCACCACCACUACCGCUACUACUACUACUACUACUACUGCAGACUCUCUCACAGACAGAAAAGUCCAAAAGUUUCACUCUGGCACUGACUCUGUGUCAGGGUCGGACUCAGAGAAGAGAAGUGAGAAACGGAUUUUUACACGUUUAUCAACCGACAGCAGCAGCAGCAGCUCUGGUAAGAGAGAUUAUUCACAGAUCAAUGCAUGUCCCUCUGAUCCCAGAAAGACUUUGACUACAGAUGAGGAAGAGGAUGUUACAAGUAGAGGGGUUCCUCCGCCCUGUAAAUCUCACAGAAGUUAUCUCUCUAUACACCACAGUGACUUUAUUCCCCUGCACUCUGACAAGUGGCCCAGCGUCACUAAAAUCAGACAACUUUUUGAUGAGAGACAAAGCAAAGCUACGCAGCAGCACAAGACUGACAUUUGUGAGAAUUUGAAAGCAGCCGGCAGAGGCCAGCCUCAAGAGCUCAGCCCCAGUGAGAGUGCUCCUCUCUCCGAUAGAAGUGACAGAUUUUCACCUUGCAGCCCUGCUAAUGAAGCCAGUAGCUUGUUUUGGCAUAACAAAUGCGUAGCUGGAGCACAAAGCAGAGGAAGCACUGCUGCUAAAGAGAUAUUUUGUUAUGGUAUGGACUUUAAUUGCAAAGCUGAUCACCAGCAGUACUCAAAUGAUGAGGAGGCAGACAUAGAGACGCAAAGUUCUAGUUACAACAAACUUUCUGGCAGAGGUACUUUACAGAGCAGCAGUGAUAGGAGCCGUAGUUGCACUGGGGGUAGUCGCUACCGUAGGAUUAACGCAUCUCCAUUCAGGUCUCAUAGUCCCAGCACUGAGGCAGAGGCAGUCCUUAAGACCCCUGGGACGCCAGGGUUGACAUCUGACCCCAACCCUGACCUUCAACCCCCUGCUACUUCGUCUUGGAGUCGAUCAUUGAGCCUAGACACCUCCUCCUGCUCCUCCUCUCUUCAGCAGCCGACAGUGAGGGAGAGAAGGGAUAGACAGGGGGUCGGGCUGCCCAGGGAUAGUUUACAUUCCUCACAUAGCUCCUCUAGAGCGCCACCCCCCACCUCCUCCUCCCCCUCUCCUGCUCCAGCUCCAGAUAAAGCCAUUACCUCCUCCUCCUCUACUGUAGCUCCCUCCACUGAGCUAAGAGCCCCAGCAAGAGUUGCCUCUCCCCUCAGUUCCCGAUGGAGGUUUAGUUCAGGGGACGAAGAGGAGGAGCACACAAGGAGAAGACGGGGAGGUGGAGGAGGCAGUUGGGGUGUUCCCUUUGGCCCUGCUCCUUCCCUCUCCUACAGAGGAGUAGAAAGGGGAGCCACAGAGCGAGGAGGCAGUUAUUUAUCCCGCAGUAAAAAUGGCUGGUGGGGUGCUAAGGGCAUUGGUAGGUCCUCGGGCAGCGAAGAGGACAGCCCUGGUUCUUUAGGCCCCCACAGUCGAGAGGCAGUACGCCGCCGAUCGCUGAGAAAGAAGAAGAAGGUCAGUGGAGCUGCUCCAGCAACAGGCCGUGAUGAUUACGAUGAUCAUGAUGGCGAAUCAGAAGACAGCGACAGUGACAUGGCCUUGACAAUGGAGCACAUAGAGAGGCAUCACCAGCAAAAUACAGGAGGAGAAUUUCCAGGAACUGUAUCUCGGAGCCACUCGGCAAGAGAGUCCAGCAGUCACAGUAACAGGGCCAGGGUGCAGCAAUGGGAGCGCAUCUCCUCACCUGUGACAUCCACGACACUACCUGGUGUGUCACGAGUGUCAAAGGUCAACAUCCCCCCUUUUGUUUCCAGUCCUGGUGGUUCACACUGCAGCAGCCGGUACUCCAGCACUGAGACGCUGAAGGAGGAAGGCCAGGCUAGCUGCGCCAACCGUGCAGGAAAUCUAAAUUUUAAAACGGGUGACGCAGGAGGUAGCAGAACAGCAUCCUCAUCCAUGCUGAGUAAAACUUACCAUGGAAACUUUACCAUGUAUCGCUCCCCAAGCUUUGGACACGGGGAUAACUUCUCUCGUACCCCUGUGCGAGUGCGCCCCAAGAUUAUACCUAUAGUGACCCCUUCGCCUAGUGCACUUGUUAGAGAAGGUGGGGUAUCUACAGGGGUUAGGGGUGGUGAGACCAAGGCAUUAAGGAGGACAACAGGUGGGGAAGGGGUAGACGAUAAUGAUAAUAAAAACAGAAUAUCCAUGUCCAACCCCGAUAUCACCUCAGAAACCAUGACGCUCUUGAGCUUUCUGAAAUCUGACCUGUCAGAGCUCAAGGUGCGAAAACCAGGUGGAGGGGACAGAUCCGGGGCUGUGGAAGGGUCAUCAGUGUACAGGAUGGGCUCACGGACUCACAGUGGGACCCUUCAACACUCUGGUCGUCGCCCGUCGCUGAAAGACCUGACCGCCACAUUGCGUCGUGCAAAAUCCUUCACUUAUUCGGACAAACCCACACCGGCGGUGAGGUGUUACUUGACAGGUGGCACCACGAAGAGGAGCUCCUCUGAGCAGCAGCUUGACGUGGACGGAGAGGGGGAUGGGGGAAGGGUGUCUGUGUCAGACAGGGAAGUAGAAAGUGAUGGGGGGGAUUUUAGGGUCGGGAGAGGACAAAGAAUGAGGGAUUAUGGAUUUGAUGAUGAUGAGGAAGUUAUGCCAACUCCAUUGCAGGAGAGGUAUGUGCAGGAAGCCAGGCAGGUCAUUCAAGAUAUCUGCCAGAUGAGCACUAGGGAGGAAGAAGAUGAUGAUGUAGAUGUAAGGAGAACUGAUGAUGAUUUGGAGGAUGAGUGUAUCCAGGUCAGGAAAACAAAUGAGGUGAAGGAGAAAGCAGCAGCAAGCGUUAAGGAUGAGGCAAGGACAGAUCAAGAGGCUGAGUUUAAGAACACAAAAGACAGGGAUAAACAUGAGAGGGAGAGAGAGAACAGGGAGAGGGAGAGGAGCGAGAGGGAUGGACAAAGUAUGCAGUUGGAGAAGCUAAACAGCAGGGGCACAGACUACAGGGAGAAGGCAAAGAGACAGAGCAGAGAGACGGAGAGAGCUUUGCUGAAGGGCGACUCGGAGGAAAGCAUGUUCUACGACCGCUCACUGGAUGAACUUUCAGGCCACGAGUCUAGCUUAACAGAUGAGGGGAUUGUGACAGAGCCAGAGACAGGCCCCAGUGACCCCUCUGAGAGGUCAUUCCUUGGGUCAGCAGGGGUUAAUUUGGGGUCUCGAAUACCAAGGGAUGUGCUGGGCCAGCCUGUCACUGUAUGGAAGCAGUCUGCUCUCCAUGAGGUGGAAGGGUUUAAGCAGGAGAGAGCAGACAUGACAGAGAACAGCGUGAGUUGUGCAAAUCGUCUGAAUGAAGUUAGCGCACCUCCCUCCUUGCCUCUUCCUGCCCGUAUGGCUGAGAGUGACAGCAUUAUCAUGGACGUGAGCACUACUGCUGGUAUCAACAAUAACAGCUCUACCAGCGAGGAUGUCAGCACCAACAGUGCGGUGUCGCCAGGGUCAGCUGCCACCGUAGUAGGAGGGGGAGGACUUGAAGCCCCUGCAACCCCAAGUGCUGCUCGUCGAAGACGCAAGUUCUCCCCUUCUGGUAAUAAUAACACAGGCUCUGAUUCCAGUAAUGGCAGUAAUGCAGAGUCAACAAUGGCAGCUGUUGGAAAUGGGGAGUCCACAGUCUACCGCUCUCUCAGUGACCCCAUGCCUCAGCGAUGCUGCUCUGUGGCAGAAGAAGGCAAUAACAAAUUUUCCUCUGUAGACAGCAACCUGUUAGGAUCCCUGUCUGUCAAAGGAGGAGGAGGUGGGGCUCCAGAGGCCUCUGCUGUGGCUACCUUGUCAGAAUACAAGGGAAGCGUGGCCAGCGACUUGUCAGUUUACAGUGAUGGAGGGCUCCGGGAUGAUGGUGUUCGCGACUACAGUGGAGUGAUCAGGAGCAUUGUAGCUGAGCCAGGUGCAAUGGACAGACUGAUGACAGACGACCAUGGCAAUGGCAAAGCUCCCAAGAAAAAGUCAUUCAGUGACCCCAGUCGCCGUAGUGAUGCCCCUCUACUCUCCCAGAAUGACCCUCAGUGCAAAGGUCAGUCCGGCAGCACUCAGCCAAUAAUUGAGCUGGAUCAGCACGGACAGAUCCCACCUUCCAGCAGCGAGCCAAUCCUGAGCGAGCAGAGAGAGGAACUGUGGGAGCCAGAGGCUAAGCCUAAACAUGCGUUGCCGACAGAGCUGCAUCACCAUGCAAGCAGUAAUAAAGUCAAGAAGGCUCGAUCUCGGUCAGAGUGCGCCCCCCUCUCUGAUAACCAUGAUGAUGAGGAUAAUGAUGUCAUAGACCAAGGUGGGGAGGAGAAAGAAGACGAGGUGAGGAAGUUUAACUUUGACCUCAAGCUCGCUGAGGUUCUGUCUCCAAGAAUGAUGCGUCGGCCCGCCAGAAAGCGUCCGAACAGGCUGGCUCACUUUUUCCCUCACGAGGACCCGUUUGAGCCCCCAGAACGGGGUUCAGAGGGGCAGGAGGAUCUCAGUGACCAAGCCGACCUCACUCCUCCUCUUCCCCUGCCCUCACUGCUAUCCAAACCCAAAAUCAGACCCAAGCAUGUCCGACACGCCAGCGAACCCGCCACCUUCAUCCCUAUCUCCCCACCUCCACAACUCCAGCCACUGAAGGAAGUGGACUGUGCCGCCGUCCGACACGCUGCAGAGCCUCCAACCUUAAGCAAGCCUCCAGGAGACGAGACCCCAUCUCUGGAGGAUGUUACCCAGAAAUAUAUUCUCGAACUGAGCACUGCUGAGAAAGAUGCUGAGGGCCCAGGGCCUCUUUCAGCGCCCAGGGAUGGAGCUGAAGGUUCAGUAUCCACUUCAGAGGGGCCCGGCGAGACCAGCACCAGUGGAAUUACAGAAGCUAGAGCACAGAAGAAGGGCACAGAGGACACAGCAUCCACCCCACAGAGGACCAAGCCCAGAGUGGACAUGAGGAAACAUGUGAUGAUGACCCUGUUGGACACAGAGCAGUCGUAUGUGGAGUCACUGCGUACUCUCAUUCAGGGCUACAUGCGUCCUCUCAAACAGCCUGACAGUGGCUCCAUCGUGGAUCCCCUGCUGGUGGACGAGAUGUUUUACCAGAUCCCAGAGAUCCUGGAGCACCACGAGCACUUCCUGGAGCAGGUCGCUGGCUGCGUCGGCCAGUGGCAUGACAGACAGACCGUUGGACACCUCCUCAUCCAGUCGUUCUCUAAAGAGACUCUAGCUAAUAUGUAUUCAGCAUACAUAGACAACUUUCUUAACGCCAAAGAUGCUGUGAGGAUUGCCAAGGAGGCCAAGCCAGCGUUUCACAAGUUUCUGGAGCAAAACAUGCGUGAGAACAAGGAGAAACAGGCUCUGGGUGAUCUGAUGAUUAAGCCGGUGCAGAGGAUUCCUCGAUAUGAGCUUCUGGUUAAGGACCUGCUCAAGCACACCCCAGAGGAUCACCCAGACCACUCGCUUCUCCUGGACGCUCAGAGAGACAUCAAGCGCUUGGCUGAGAAGAUCAACAAGGGACGUCGCUCGGCUGAGGAGGCAGAGAGGGAGGCCAGGGUCAUUCAGGAGAUCGAGGCACACAUAGAGGGAGUCGAACAUAUUUUGAACCCUCAGAGGAAGUUCUUGAGACAGGAAAUGGUCAUGGAGGCGAAGACAGUGGGAGGGAAGAAGGAUCGCUCUCUCUUCCUCUUCAGUGAUCUGAUCAUCUGCACCACUCUCAAGAGGAAGUCUGGCUCAUUAAGACGCAGCUCCAUGAGCCUAUACUCUGCUGCGAGUGUGAUCGAUACUUCCAGUAAAUACAAGUUCCUGUGGAAACUUCCUCUGGAGGACGUGGAGGUGGUGAAAAGCUCCAUGCAAGCAACAAACAAGGAGAGCAUCCAGAAGACGAUUAGUCGAUUAGACGAGGAUCUCAGCACGCUGGGUCAGAUCAGCAAAUUGUCUGAGACCCUUAGCUUCCCACACCAGUCCCUAGACGAGGUGAUAAAGGAUCUGAUGGCGUCAGUGCACAGGGAACUGUCAGAGAAACAGUCUUUGGCCUUCAGUAUGACCUUCCUGCCCACAAAGCUGGAGUUUACCACAGCCUCCGCUGAGAGCAGCUUUGUCUUUGAGUUCACCUCCCCUGACGCUCGCUCCAACUUUGAACAGGCUUUUGAGGAAGCCAAGAAGAAACUAGCCAUGAAUAAGGACCAGUGGGACCCAGAGUUUCUGAAGGCAAUCCCUAUAAUGAAGACACGUAGUGGAAUGCAGUUUUCGUGUGCCUCUCCGAGCCACAGCUGUCCCGACAGCGGCUGUGAAGUGUGGGUGUGUAACAGCGACGGAUACGUGGGACAGGUGUGUCUGCUGAACAUCAAAGACGAGCCCACGGUGGAGGCCUGUAUCGCCGUGUGUUCAGCACGGAUCAUCUGCAUUGCUGCUGUACCAGGACUCAAGGGAAGGGAGCGUGGAUCAGAGCCCACUAUUGCCCCUACCUCCAGAACACCUGGUCAGCAGCUCCAUAUAACUAUCUCUCAUUCAUCUCUGGAGCUGACAGAGCAGCCUACAGGACCGGGGGCAGAGCUUGUGCCGUUUGACAGCGAUGACACCGAUGACGAGGAUUCACCCAGUCCUUCUUCCACUUUACAGAGUCAGGCUAGUCACUCCACCAUCUCAUCCAGCUAUGGCAACGAUGAGGGUCCAGGCUCCAAGGACAUGGCUACAGAGACCACCAGCAGUGAGGAGGAGCAGGAGUUCCCAGUGGCAAGCUCUUAUGGAGCUCCGGGGAUGUUAGGGGUUGGUGGGGGAAGUCGCGCACAGACAGAGAGCCCCAUGGAUGGUCGUGCCAUGCGUCGAUCCUCCCGGGGCUCUUUCACCAGGGCGAGUCUGGAGGACCUGCUCAGCAUCGACCCUGAGGCCUACCAGAGCUCAGUGUGGCUGGGCACAGAGGAUGGAUGCAUCCACGUGUACCAGUCCUCAGACAACAUCCGCAACCGUAAAAACAGCAUGAAGAUGCAACACUCCGCUUCCAUCCUCUGUAUACUGUAUUUGGACAACAAAGUGUUUGUGUCCUUGGCCAAUGGAGAGGUGAUUGUCUAUCAGAGAGAAGCAGGUAGUUUCUGGGACCCUCAGUCUUCUCAAACGUUAGUUUUGGGCACACCCAGUAGUCCUGUCACUAAAAUGGUUCCUGUGGGAGGGAAGCUUUGGUGUGGCUCACAGAACAGAGUCCUUAUUAUCAACACAGCCACUCUGGUACAGGAGCACUGGUUCCAGGUGGGCACGGACAGUAGUCGGUGUGUGACGUGCAUGGUGGCAUACGGUCAGGGUGUGUGGCUGGCGUUGCAGGGCAGUGCGCAGGUCAAACUGUACCACGCUCAGACCUGGGAGAGCCUGACAGAGGUGGACGUGGCACCUGCUGUGCACAAGAUGCUCGCAGGUGCAGAUGCAAUCAUCAGACAGCACAAAGCUGCCUGUCUGAGAAUCACAGCAUUGCUGGCCUGUAAGGAUCUGCUGUGGAUUGGCACCAGUGCAGGGGUGGUCCUUACAUUGGCGAUCCCAGCGGUGAGCUCAGGAACUGGGGCUGGGACACUGAAAUCUCCCUUGGUGCCGAUGGGCUCAGCUCAUGGACACACGGGCCAUGUUCGGUUCCUGACAUCAAUCGAACUACCAGAAGGGUUUGACAUGAAUUUCCCUCCUCCAACAACUGAUGCUACAGUCAACCAGUCCCAGAGCAGCAGCAGCACGGUUGAUGGGAACCUCCAAAGGCAUGACUCUGCACGUCGCAGGGCCUCUGCCCACAUCCCUCCAAAAACCAACCAUCUAGUCAUUUCCGGCGGCGACGGCUAUGAGGACUUCAGACUGACCAAUAGCAGCGAAACUGUCGGACGGGACGACAGUACUAACCAUCUUUUGCUUUGGAGGGUCUGAGACGAUCGUCCCCUGGUUUGAACAACCCGGCCCAACCUCCCUCUAGCUGAGAGCAAUGCUACAGCUCCUGACCUUCCCCCCACUGGACUCCUCACUUUUUGGUGUUGUUUUGGUCUUCUGCUCGGUCCACCAGUCUCUAUGUGCAUAAUAUGGCUGUUGACUCCCUCCCGAACUUACCAAUGAAUAUGCUCACGUCAGACCCUGUUUUCUUGUGUUAAUGUUUCUGAUGGUGUGCGUUAUUUCUCACUGAGUGGUGUCUGUGCGCGUGUAUUUUGUUUUUUGGCAUCUGCGAAUAUCGUCUAGAAACGUGUCUUUAGACUCAAGUCUUCACUGCCAGAGACGGAAGAAGGCAGAGAUGAGAACAAUGAAAUAAUGACAUCUUCAAACUUUUUGGCAGAUGGUCGCAUGUUCUGACAUGGAGCAAGUGAAGGAAGGAAAGACAGACGAUGACUUGGACUCUCCAGAAUGUCAUUGCACAGGAGGAUAUUUAAGUGAACUUAGACAUGAGAGAAGCAUGAAAUUGUGUCCUUUGACAUUUUCUCUGUUGUUUUUGGACUCUGACAUCAGCUCUUUACUCCAUCAUCGUUUCAUCUUAACCCAAACUUUGGACGAAAUUCCUCCUGACGGUCAGAGGAAAAUGUCGUGUCAAAAUACAUACAUAUCUCUGAGUGAAACAUACCGACACAGACUGUAAUUUGGUGGAUAUUCUGAGUUUGUGUUGAUUUUUGCAGCUAGAUGUCAAACUUAGCGGAGAGGUUCAGUUGACGUCUGUGAGCUUCUAAAGGAGUAAAGGACAACAUGUGUCGCUCUUCAAAAUCCUACCGGCCAGAUCUGAACAACACCCCCUGACGGCAGAUCAGAUCCUUCUGGCCCCAGUGGGGAUGUAAUAAUAGCUACUCCAUGAUCAUUGCUUAUAGAUGUGAGACUGCUAAAAUCAUCCUUUCUCGUGUAGAAGGAGAGUGAACAAGAGCAUCAUUUAAGUGCAAUAUAUGGCAAGGGUAUCUAACAAGACUAUAAUCACAUGCAUACAGUCACACAUAUUAAUGCACAUCCUUCACUCACUGAAAGAAGACAUUUGUGAAAAACGUGUGUGUUUUCCACAGAUAAUCACAUUGUAUCUGUUUUUUUAAUUUAAUUUUUGCUGCCAGUUAAGGAUGACAUGAACGUAGAUGAAGCAGUGUCCCACUACUGGUAGAAAAAAGUGCAUUGGAGACAUUACUCCUUAACACGACUAUGCCAAAGCCUUGUAUAUGUUAAAGUUUUGACAUUAAGGGAUUUGACCAGAUUUCCUUUGCCAUGAAAUUUCAAUUUAUUGAACAUUCUGUGAGGAGGGAAACUGGGACAGGUGUUGCUGUUUCUAUAGCAGACUCUAUAAAGAUGACGCUAGGCUGUGGUAGCAGAUAAAGAUAGUUAUGUACAGUAUUUAUGGUUUUGAUUUUAGCGCCUUCUUUUACAGCGCUUAAUUUAUAGAAGAUGUAGCUUUUCACUUUUUCUUUUUGAGGUGAAGAACAAGGAGGCCCUGGCUUGAUUACCAGAACAGAUAAACCAGCUUAGUUUGGCUCAGGCGGACAGACAGACAAGCACACUAGGGGUGUAACGAUACAGUCCACCUUAUGGUUCGGUACGAUACACAAUACAGGGUUCUUGUUUUGGAGUGUAUAACUCCGUAAAUGUAGAGAGACGGGACCAGAAAGGAAAGUGUCUGGAAGAAAUAUUUUUGACCAAUCCAGCUGUUAAAUUGAAUCCAAAAUUCACUUUAUGAUGUACCUGAACGCAGCUGUUGGACUUUGUUACCUGUUUGGGUGCCAAAUGCUAAUAAGAUUUGUUUAAUAUUCCAGUUGUUUUUCAGCUCCAUGAUGCAUAUUGUGGUGUUUUUGUCAUAUUGUUACACUCCUAAUGCACAAACCCACACAAAACAGAGAUUUCAGUAUUGAUUGUUAGAGAAAAAAGAUGCAUGUGUUGUGUUUGUGAGACAACAGAGUGCAUGUGAUAUAGAGUAGGUCAGAAGGACGAACGCUGAGCACCUGCACGUGCCUUCAGAAGGCUAAAAGUUAAGCCAUUUUACACACAAAUACACGCACGCACAUGCACACACACACACACAGUGUGAAAAGUCAGCUUUCCUUAUGGCAGAUGUCUGUGGAGGUGAAGGAUGACUUGUCCUUGCACACACACAUGCACACAUUAGCCUCAGGCUUUGGGGUUAAGCAGUGAUUGUCUUUGAUCCCUCCUAGAAAACCUCAUUGCACCUUAACAAGCCAUCUGGGCCCUACACCUCAGCUUUCCCACCUCCAAACGCAUCCACCUUAGGUUAACUCUCCCACUGUGAGCAGGGCUAACGGCUAAGAGGAUUAGCUGGUUAUUGUGAUAGCUGCUAACUAGCUAGUGAGCUCUUUGCCUCUGUAAGUAUUAAAAGUGGAGUGGCCUGUGUAUGUGAAUGCUCUACAAAUGCUUGGUUAUUCAGCUGAAAAGUAUAAAAACUGAGCUUGUUUGUGAUUUCCUGCCCACAACUGAGGCAAAAUUCCAGUUAGCUUGUAGUAGCCUGUGAAAAAUACAUCAGAGGAGAGUUUGAGAAUUUUAGCAAACUUUAAGGAGGAGUUUGGUUUCUUAUUAAGAGUAAGGUGAGAAUAUUGAUAACACUCAUGUCUGAUAAAUAUUAAGCUACAGCCAGGAUGUGGCUAGCUUAGUUUUGCAUAAUAACUACUUGAAUCACAGGGAGAAAGCUAGCAAGAAAAAAAAGGCCCACCAAUACCCCUAAAGAAUUCAGGCUAUAUGUUGUUUCUUUGAUGCAAGCUUUUUAACACAUCGCCUAUGGCACAGAUUAAACAGAUUAGUGAGUGAUGCUUAUAGGCAGACUUUUUUAACCUUUGGCCAGAGUCAGGCUAGCUGUUUUCCCCCCUGACUGCAGUCUUUAUGCCAAGCUAAGCUAACGGUCUCCUGGUAGUAGCUUUUUAUUUACCUUGCAGACAUGCAAUUGCCAUCUAAUCUAACUUUUGGCAAGAAAUCGAGUAAGAUUAAGACCUAAGAUGUCAAACUAUGUCCUGUAAAGUUAAGGUAGCAGAUGUAAGUGUUUUUAAUGUUUUGUAUGAUUCACAGCAAAGUUCAUGUCUGUGUCCUCAGUGCCAAGAGCUGCCAAGUUACCCAUGAAGAUGCUGUAUAUCUAUGCUGGCUGUAGAGCGAUGGAGAGCUCUCUGCAGAAUGGAGUUAGUAUAUUUUCUGUGAACAGUGAGGAGUUGGAGGUGUUUUGAAAGAACAUCUCUGUAAUAGUUCUGCUGGUACCAGCGCUUUUGGAGCAGCAUUUCUAAAAACUGAGUUGAGCAGCAUCAUAGCUCCACAACAGUAGGUCCUGGACCCAGACUGAAAACAGUUUAAUUUGAUGGCUCUAUUCACGAUUUUCUGAAAGUGCUGCCAUAGUUGGAGUCAAUAACUUUCAAGCUGAUUCAGAAAGUUAGAUUUUCUUUUAAAAAAUCUGCCUUAAGAAUAUACUUUGGCAUUUCCUUACUAAUCGCAUGAGUAUAAAUGACUGAAUAAUCAUAUUUUCAGCAGUUGCAUUGUAGGUUUUGACCCCAGCAAAUCAACCUCUGCACAUGCAAACACACAGCAUCUUAGAUAUGAAGUAAAACUCAAUGCUAAUUUGACCAGGAUUGAGAGAAUGAAGCAUGUUGUGUGGCAAGAAACAAAAGAUUCUUAUUAUUUUCACUAUCACAUCAAACUCAUCAUAUCGUCUGUCAUCACUGAUUAACUCCCAGCAACUUGUAAGUAACCUCCUCAUGCCCGUAUGUGAACAAAGUCUUUAUUGUUGUAAAUAUUGGUAUAUAUUGCCUUUUUUCUGUAAAUAGUGCACCCACGGUCCUCAAUUGUUGAUAUGAAUCUAAUGGCAUAUUUUUAUAUAUUUGUGUAAGGUUUGUUUUUGUUUGUAUUUUUUUCCCUUCCCUCUGGCAUGCGCUGUCAGUCACAUUUAAAUUAUAACUGUCGUAGAUCUUUUCCAGUAGACAACAAGAUGGCCUCUGUUGUGACCUGGGUGAUUGAAAGAUAGAGCUCGAUGAUGCUGAUGUUUGCCUUCUUACAGACGUCUACAGGAAGAACAACAACCACCUGGCCAUAACUCUUGUUUAUCUCUGGCUCUGGUCGACAUCCUGCGGUUGUCAUGGUUACAGUCUAUUGGAGUUUCUUCCUGUAUGUAGCUGUUCUUGUUUUGUCACUGUGGGUUCCUCUUUGUAAUUAAAUCAAUUCACUGGU